UCUGCGCUUUCUGUACCAUACAAUCAAACAUGGCUUUACUGCAGAAAUCGUUUUUCCUUGUACUAUUCCUUGGAUUAGUUUCCUUGUCUGUCAGUAGAACAGUGAAAAGACAGGAAGAAGAAGAUGUGAACAAGGCUGAUGAAAGCGAGGGAAAAGAGGAGAAUGAGUCAAAGGAAAAGGAAAAUGAAGAAGAGAAAGAGGAAGAAGAAGAGGAAGAAAAAGAGGAAGAAAAGGAAGAAAAUGAAGAGGAAGAAGAAGGCAAAGAAAAACGUGAAGAAGAGGAAAGGGAAGAAGAUGAAGGGGAAGAAGAUGAAGGAGAAGAAGAUGAAGGAGAAGAAGAUGAAGGAGAAGAAGAUGAAGAGUAGAAUGAUGAAUGUGAAGAAAAGAGAGAUUUGGAACAAACUGUAACCAAAAGCAAGGGAGGUCUUCUUGGCCGCCGUUAAUAAAAUGUAAUGUUUCAUCUGUAAGGAGCACAAUUACUAUUAGUUG